ACGAGGAGCCUGGUUCGUUAUUUUGAUGUGCCAAACUCAGCUACCAAGUUUUCGACAGUCACAACCAGUUACAAAUAUCCAUUUUCGUUCAUAUUAAUUAGCUAGCUAGUUCUCCAAGGGAAAAAAUGGCUGAAGCCAAAUCUGCUACUGUCACUGAUCAGAUCGACAUCAAUUCAAUACAACCAGUGGCGCCGGCUGACCCUCACGUGGUCGAGAUCGGACAAUUUGUAGUGGAAAAAUUUCACCACGGCAAGCUGCUUUUCAUCGCCGUGCUUGGCGGAUUCACGUGGAAAUGUGAGGGAGGCAAGUACUACGCACUUAUCAUCCAAAAUCAGGAUUAUGAGGGCGCCACAUUUAUCCAUAAAGCACUCGUUGUUGAGGCCAAAGGUGAAACGAAACUCCUCUGGCACAGGAAUUAAUCAAGCAUUACGAUUGAUCAGCUGAGCAUUACUAGUGUCUAUGGUGUGGUUUUCAGUUUAUGCAUGGAUGAUGUACCGCUGUAUUGUACUAGCAUCUUUCCACUAUUGUACUAGUAUGUUAAAUAAGGUGCACUUAUACCAACAAAAUGUACCAUUCCGUCUAUUUUUUAAUUUGUAUCCUUGUAAUUACAUGUAAAAGAUGCACUUUUACGAACAAAAGUGUACCAUUAGAUGAAUAAAAACAAUCGUCUGUUUUUGAGUUUUAUCUGUA